AUGCCACCCAAAAGCACGAAAACAUCACGUGGCCGUGGUGGUGGAAGAGCAGGUGCGACGACCGGCCGAUUAAGCAACAGCGAAGCAGCACCAGAUGCAACCCCGCAAAGCGCAGAAACCGCAGCAGCAAGCGAACCACCAGCUGCACUGAAGCAAGACAACGACGACGAGGACUCGAAACCACCAACGACUGCAGAAAACACACCAGCGCCGACCGAACAAACCCCUCCUGCAAAUCAGGAUGGCACAGACACGCCCGGUCGCACUCCUGUACAGCGGCUCGGCAGUCUCAAUCCUUCACGAUCGUCUUCCCCUGCCGUACGGCGCGGAAGUUUGACUCGCGGUAAAAGAGGCAUGGUCAAACCCACCUUUACAGGCCGCAGAAGCAAAGAAGAUCGAGAAGCCCUUGCAAAAGAGGCUCUUGAGCGGGAGAAGGCGCGAACACAGGAGCAGGCCAAGGCAGCCGAGAGAAAGCAGCGAGAUGCGGACAGAAAAGCCAAACGAGAAGCAGAAAGAGCGAUUCGAGGAAGAGGCGGAUACAGCGGUGCCAUGAGUGGACCGUUCUCGCUGGGAAGCUCGCGAGAGGAUCGUAAAGGCAACCAAAGACCUGCCUCCGGCUUUGGCGCUGGAUCAGGUUCACGAGCGACCCGCAUUAAAGAUGAGGGGGACGGCGGUGAGGGAAGUUCGGGCUACAGAGGUUCAGGUUCGGGGGGUGGCGGAGGAGGGUCAUCGGCCAAGAGAGAGAACGGAGGGGUCGAGUCUUCUGAAGAUGAGGAAGAUGCCGCCGUCCCGCGAAGAGAUAUAGACUACAUUGAGAUCUCAUCAGGCGAAGACGAUGCUGCGCCUAAGCCGCGUCCAUUACGCUCGAGCCUGCCGGUACGAAUAGGCAGGAAGGAACAUCAGGAGCGAACGUUCGGCAUAAAUACAGACGCAAGCUCUGAGCAGUCGGCAAAGAUCUUAGAGCAGGCAGAAGCCAAAGGCGAGCCACCCACAGCUGCGGCGUUGAAGCAAACCGCGAACAAAGGCAAGGGCAAAGCAAAGGAAGGCGAUGUCGCAACAGCGAAGAAACCAUUCAAAGGAGUUUGGCAAGACUCAGACGAAACCAACUCACCUGUCAAGACGGAAGACAACAGCGAAGACGAGAACGUGGGGAAUGCCGAACAAGUUGGCAUUGUAGAACGACCAGUUCAAGAAGAAGAUCGCCAAGAACCACAACAGGAGGUGGAAUCGAAGCAUAGAGGACGUGUAAGAGGCAUCGUGGAGCCCGUUCUGCAGACGGACGAGGACCGUGCUGAAUGGUCACGGUACCAGUCUAAUCUGAGCCAUAUCAGAACAGAACUUGGACCAGAUGCGAAUGCUGAAGCCGAUGCAUCUGGGGACGUGACCAUGCCGGACGCGGGGAACGCCAAAAAGCCCACCGUACGAGACAACAACGUGUACCUGUUCCAAAUACCCCCGCUCAUGCCAGAGCUCCAAUCUACAGCCAUCAAGAAGGAACUCGCAGAAGCAUCAGAUCCUGUGCCAACUUCUGCGCCCACAGCGCCCAGCAAACCAGGCGUCAAAAUCAAGGUCGAAGAGGGAGCUGCUUUCACUGAUGCUUCAAAAGCACACGAGGCAACCCGAUUUGCCAGUGGACACGUGGGUAAGGUGCGAGUGCGGCAGUCCGGACGCACGACACUGGACUGGGGCGGCACAAGCUACGAACUUACGCCUGGAAACAAAGCAUCUUUCUUGCAAGAAGUUGUGUCUAUAAAUGUCGUACCAGAGAGCAACCGCGUUGUGCCCGAAGACGCGGGCGACGCGGUCUCUCUUGGACGCGUCAAGGGCAAGUUUGUCGUAGUGCCCGAUUGGGGUGAGAUGCUGGGUUAG